ACGAUCGUAUCCAUUCGAUCACUCGGUAAUAAAAUAAUCGGUUCUAAUCGACUCCAGAACCAACAGUGAAUGUGUUUUUAAAUUGUGUUGUGCCAGACAAAAGCUUGGAAUAGUGUUUGAUUAAUUGGCAGGGAGCCAUUGGCCUGUCGAAAUAAUUUAUAUCGUCUUUAUAGUCAAGAAUAUGUUUAUAGAAACGCGUUACUUAUAAUUUUAUGAUGUUGCUUAUUUGAUUUUAUAAUGCAUAUUUAUGUUAAAUUUUGAACUUUGCAAUAGUUAAGUGAUAUAUAAAAUUUAUAAAGAAUAACACUUUGUUUUAACACUGUUAUAUAAACUGUUAUUUUUAAAAUGCCGUCUCAGAAGAAUGUGGAUGAACCAUCGAUUACUCGGACCAGAAAUGUUGCAUCACAGGUUCUGGCAUGUCUCGCCCUCGACUUUCUACUCAUCGGACUAGGGAUGUCCAUCAGCUUCGUCACUAUGGUAUUGCCUGAUGUCUUGAAUGCCAAAGAAGGCCUAUCCCUCAACAAGAUGCAAGCUUCAUGGUUCGGCAGCAUGGCGUUUCUCUGUCAGCCAUUGGGGAGUAUAUUCUCUGGGCCCCUGAUGGAUCACUUCGGUCGAAAAAAGGCUCUAUUCCUGGUGAACAUACCGCAUCUAAUCGCUUGGAUGCUCAUGUAUUUUGCCUGGAAUGUUCCUUCUCUGUUCAUCGGCAAUGCAUUGCUUGGGAUUGGAACUGGGAUCAUGGAGGCACCGUCUGUUACUUAUGUUGGUGAGAUAAGUGACCCGUCUGUGAGAGGUAUUCUGACCACGUUGACCAAUUGCUUCACCUCGACGGGAAUGUUCAUCGCUUAUCUGCUGGGAACUGUGCUACCCUGGAGACAAGCCGCGCUUGUUUCUUUAACCAUACCGCUGACAACGAUGCUUCUUGUUUUAUUGGUACCAGAAUCGCCAAUCUGGCUGUUAUCAAAAGGCCGUCAAAAAGAAGCUCUACACUCGCUGUGCCGUCUAAGGGGAUGGGCGCAGCCAGAAGACGUCAAAGAAGAAUUCGACCAACUAAUGCAGUACAAUGACGUCAUUCAACAGUGCGUAAUUUGUGUUAAAGAAGGAAAGUCAGAUAUCGAACCGUGCGAGCACAACGAAUGCAAUAUUUUCAAGAGAAUCAUCCAGAAAUUCAGGCAUGUGUUCUUCGUAAAGGAAACUAUGAGACCAUUUUCACUUGUGAUGGCAUAUUUCUUUUUCCAUACGAUGAGUGGACUGCUUCCAGUUCGUCCAAAUAUGGUUAAUGUCUGCCGAGCUCUAGGAAUGAAAUACGACCCUAAAAUCAUUACUGUUGUUGUCGGCGUAGUGUUCAUCAUCAUGAAUAUUCUCUCCGCUGCGAUCGUCAAACUAAUCGGGAAACGUAAAUUAGUACUUGUCUCAUUACUGGCUACUGCCUUCAGUAGUCUGGCUAUUAGUGUCUACGCCCACACAAGUCUUCCCGUCGAUGUGUUCUCCUACGAAUCAAGCACAUUCCCGAACCAGAGAGAUAUCCUACCAGUAGUCCUGUUCAUAAUGAUGGUAUCAUUCAGUAGUUUGGGGAUACCAUGGGUGCUUCUAUCAGAAGUUUUCCCAUUCAGGAGUCGAGGAAUGGCUACGUCCCUAGCAGCUGCCGGCGGCUACGUCAUAUUCUUUAUAGCUACCAAGACUAAUUAUAAUUUAGAAGCAAACUUCCAUUUAAGCGGUACAUUCUCUUUCUACGGUAUUUUAGGUAUAGUCGGUACAUUUUACCUCUACUUUUUCUUGCCAGAAACAGAAAAUAAGACUCUUAUAGAAAUAGAAGGAUACUAUAAAGGUAAUCAAAGAAUAUUUGCUGAUGAUUUCUUAAUAAAUGCGUUUAGAAAGAAACGCUGUGCCAGUAAUGAUGUUGAUAAACCAAUGCUAGUCAGAUAACUACCUCAUGUCUAUGAAAAUGUUCUUGUUUUUUUUUAAUUUUGGUACUAAUGUAUCUAAGUAUACUUAAUGUAUAGUUUAAAUAUAAUUUUAUAUGCGAUAAUAUACAUAACUAGCUGUCCCAGCAAACGUUGUAUUGCCGAUAUUAAACUCGCGAUACAAAAGUAACUGUUGAUCGUAGAUGGGUGAAAAUUUGAAGUUGUAUGUAUUUUUUAAUGCUGGUUCAUACUCAAAUUUGAAAAAAAAAAUGUCAAAAAAAUUAAAAAAAUUAAAUUCGUGUGGACCACCCUUAACAUUUAAGGGGAUGAAAAAUAGAUGUUGUCCGAUUCUUAGACCUACCCAAUAUGCACUCAAAAUUUCAUGAGAAUCGGUCAAGCCGUUUCGGAGGAGUUCAAAGUUUAACACCAUGACACUAGAAUUUUAUAUAUUAGAUGAAUGGUAGUAGUAUCGCUAUCCAAUCUCUAUUCGGGCGCGAAUGUAAGAGAGAUUUAAAUGAACGAGUAGCGAUAGACUUACAAUAUACUACAGUAGAAACGACUUGACAGCCCGGUAAAGCUUGAGAAAUUUUGAAUAUCAAUGUUGGUGUUAGCUGGUGAUUUAAUCAUUCAUCAUUUAUACGUCUAGAUAGACUGUGACAGCUGUAAAUACGUCGAAAAAAAUUAAGUUUAGAAUUAACCUCUAUUUUGAGCAAUUCACGCACACUAACACAAAGUGUCUAAACUAAUAUUCCUGGCCUGUUUUUAUCGGUUGUCUAACAGCAAGAGACUCUAUCUAGACGUAUAAAUUAUCUGAGUUUAUAAUUUUAUUCAUCUGAUAUUAUACAACAAAUAUACCUAUACCACGGACUAAUUAAAAAAGAAGGACUCCGCGCCAUGAUAUUAGCAAGUGAGGCACCGUUAUACUAGUGUGUGUGCGGUUACGGGGUAUAUCAGAUACACAAUUUUUUCUCCCUUCAAUAAUCAUAUAUCCACAAAUACUUUUAUAAUAUUGUUUUUACACUUUUUCACAACGCACAACGGCGACGCUAACUGAUCUGUCACAGACGAUGGCAAAUCUCAUAAUGGCGGCCGAUCGGCUUGUAUUAGUGUAAGUGUAUGCGUGGGGCUAUAUAUUUACACGUUUUGUUUUGGUGCCUCACUGUUAUGUAAGGUGACACGGAGUCCUUCUUUUUUUAGUCGUCCGGAUUUUAAAGAUCGUAAGUAUAGGUCAUACUUACGAUCUUUAAAAUCCGCACAUUUGGGCAUUAUAUAAUUUGCACCUUAGUUUAAUAAUUAAACGGGCAUUAAAUUAGAAACGAUUGUACAAAAUCUUAAAAUUUACAACUCGAUUGCUAGGAAAUAUUUGAUAAAAUCGUCCAUUGGCUUGUAAUCCAAUAUAAAACACAAAAAAUAACAAAAGAUAAAAGGCUUUUACGUCUUUUAUUCCGUCCGUGUGUCAUCAUCAAAUCAUCAUAUCAAAUUGGAUAAAUAUUCGGGUUUUGGCAACUCAAAUACACAUAAUAUAAAUAUAUAUAAAAGAAUAUUAGCCAAGUUUUACAUAAUAUAGAUAUUAAGCCUUUUUAUAUCAUAAUAUGCUCCAUUUAGGCAUAUAUACUAUAGUGAUUAAUGGUAAUAGGAAGUCUAGAUAUGUAUUAUAAAUUCAGUCAAUCUGAUUAAAU